AUGGUACAGUUUGUGGGAGACAUGCCACUUCCGAUUCAAGAGAACUAUGUCCGGCAUGAAGAGGGAAAGCCGUUUCCGAUGGGGAGUAUAGCGGCCAUGCUCGAGUUUGCGAAGCGCCAGGAAAAGGCCCGCAAUGAAGGACGGAGCGAUUGGAGAGUUCUCAACGAUGACGGCACCAAGAAAUUUUCGGGCAAACUGCUGAACGUCUCCUUGACUCUCUCCACGGAGAUCAAGCAAAGGCUUCCCGCGGAGGGCGUCCGAUGGCUGUACUUGCGGACUGAGUGCAAAAGAAUCUUGAACGGCCAAAUGGAUAUGGAGGUUCUCAUUUUCGAUGAAAGAAUGGAUCUAAUUGCUAUCAGUCAACAGAUAGCGGCUCUUGUACCUGCUAACUCGAAGAUCCAGAAAUUGUGA